GCUGGGGUCAUCUUGCCAUUCCCGAGUUCCCUGUGGAACCCAGUCAACAUGUCAUCGGUAUCACCACAGAUGCCAUGGCUCAAGCUAUCUCACCAUUGGUUUUUUUCUACUCGUGCUACAAAACUCCAUAGUUUAGGUAUUAAUAAUUUAUUAUAUGAAGAACUUAACAACCUAUUCCUUAUUUUCCUUCCUUGGCGGUGAAUUCCAUCCUGGAUUCCAAUAGUCUGAAAUGAUGCAAUGAGCAAAUUGGUACUGAUGGCUGCUCGAAAAGUGGGAAGUAUUUGAAAGCAUGACCGAGUUCAUCCUUACUUUCUGGAGUCUCGGGAUCAGGCCAGAAUGGCUUUGGAACUCUCUUUCUCUGCUUGCGCUGCUCUUCCACAUGCGACUGCACCUCCGUCUGUCUUCUCUCAGCCGAAAACAACAUCUUCAGGCUUGAAGCCUCCUGUUCAUUGGCCAACGGCAAAAUCCAUUCCAACUCGCUUCAAAGCCUCUCUGAUGAAGAUGCAGGACUGGUGGCGGCAAGAGGAUUUUCCAUCUGCCAAGCAGGUCCUGUUGUCCAACAGAUCUUCAUCAGAUUUGACUGCUGCUGCGGCUUUGAUUUCCCUGCCAACAUCCAUGGAUGACAAGUGCCACGCCUGGGUGGAAUCCAUUUCAGGUUUGAAUCAGCCUUCACUAGGUUCUGCUAAAGCCUCAGGUAGAAAAAUGGGACUUGUGGAUUACUCCCCUUCAUCCAAUAGUACCUGCAGUUCAAGUAUUUUUAAAAUCACUGACACUGGCAAGAACCAGCCAUCUGCAAAGCAAGCUCUGUUGCCCAAAGUGGUCUCGUCAGCUGCUGCAUGCAUUCAGAGUGACUGUGAAAAUGGAAUCAGCAAGACCAUUGGAGAGUCUGCACCACCACUUUCAUCGGAAAACUCCCCUUUAAAAUCUGUGGUCAGGUCUUUAAGUUUUGAUGAGGGGAAGGAAUGUAACAGAAAGAGUACAAAGUUGGCUUUUGUGGAUACAUCCUCUAAAAUCCUACCAGCUCCUCAAGCUCCACGUGUUGGUCUACCCCGACCCAAAGCCAAUACCAAAGGAUCCAAGGUGUCAACUGAUUCCUCGGAAAACUCUCUACCUCAUCCAAAAUCUGUGAAAAGAAAUACCUGUGACUUGGAGGGGACAUUCUUACCACCUAAAAGAUUCCGAGUGUCAGCUAAUCCCUCAGGAAACUCUCCACCUCAUUGUUUAGCUCCACGUGUUGGUCUACCCCUACCCAAAGCCGGUACCAAAAGAUCCAAGGUGUCAACCAAUUCCUGGGAAAACUCUCCACCUCAUUCUGUGGAAAGAAAUGCCUGUGACUCUCAGGGGACUUCCUCACCUCCUAAAAGGAUACCUACACCAGCUAAACCCUCAGAAAACUCUCCACCUCAUGUGAUUAGAAAUAGCUGUGAUUCACAAGGGACUGUCUUACCCUCAACUCGAGCUGUGUUGGUGAAUAUGGGACAACUUAGACCCUUGCCUCAAUCAGAAACAGGUGCAAGUAGGUUCAACAAGCCUUUGCCCUCAACCAAAACCUCAACAAGCAAUUCUGCAUCAUCUCAAACAGAACGUCCAAAGUCACCUAUGGACUAA